UUCUUUGUUUACAAAGUUUGUUGUUAGUGGUUCGUGCAAAGAAGUUGGCGUACAGAAUCAAACACAAAUUCGUUAUUUAUGUGAAUUUAUCCGCUCUGAUCGAAUUUUUGACCCUUUAAAUCAAUUUUUUACUUGCUACAGUUCACAAACGCAACAGCGCGUCGCAAUAUGACCAAUUGUUCGUGUGCCGUAGCGGACUGCAACAACAACAGGCGGAAUGUGAGAAAACGCAUGCUCGACAUUGGUUUCCACACGUUCCCGAGCGAUCCGGUGCAGAGGCAGCGGUGGGUGAAGUUUUGCCAGCGCGAACCAUCCUGGCAGCCAAAGUCCUGCGAUUCGAUGUGUUCGGUCCAUUUCAAAGAGACCGAUUAUCAAAUGUCCCACUCGCCGUUGAUACGAUUGGCAACGAAUUUGAGAAGGCUCAAGCCGGAAGUGAUUCCCACCAUCCGGAAGGGCCGUGCUAUUCCAGUAGCAGCGCGAAAUAAACUUGCACGGGAAGCUCGGCAGAAGCUCGAGCAGGAGCUGUACAGCAAAGACGAUCAGGAUGUAGACAUUGACGAAAUAUGUAAAACGAAACACAAGCGCAGCGGCAACAGCUCCUCUGUGCUGAGCAAAGUUGUGUACCGGUUGAACAAAUUCCCCAACAUUUGUGCAUUCUGUUACAAACCCAUCACGGAUGAGAGCGUGUUCGUGCCGUUCGAUUCGCAGCACGAGGAACUGCAAUGUACGAUCGGCCAGAAGUUUGACGAAAUAACGGGCGAAACGAUGGACCGAACGGAACGAAUCACGCUGAAUCAUCUGCUGCCGGACAAGGUGUGCACGGAGUGUCUGGACGUUAUGGUAAAAUUUCACCAGUACCAAAGACAGCUGCAGUGUUUGCGCAAAUUCAGCUACGGGCUGGCACGGCUGCUCAAGGGCAGCCGAAAGCCGCUGGAAACACUGUACCAGGAACAGGGCAGCUACCUGGCCCGCGUGCUAAAGAACCUAAACAUUUGCCCCGGGCCGGAAGAGAAAGUAACACUGGAACGGCUAGAGGCGGAGGUGGCAACGUACGGGCGCAUCAAGAAGUACACGCUGUUCGUACCGAAACCCAUGUCGAUGUGCAGCCUACUGCACCAAUAUGCAGCGGUAGUGCAGCGGACGGACAAGUGUGCCCCAAAAAACAGCUCGGCCCCAGUCAACAAAGACCGUAAUGAGCAGGGAGUACAAAUGAUUCACGAGGUAAACAUCGUGGAAAAGCCACCAGUUACUACUGCUUCCACCAGCCAGGUGGCAGCCGCGCCCGCGCACAGAGACGAAGGACAAGGUUCGCCGCCCGAGAAGAAAGCACGCAGCAGACCGCGGAAAGCGGAGAACGAGGCGAAUCACGCUAGGCUCUGCCCGUACGCGGCCAUCUGCAAGGAGAGGUUUGCGGAUGAACAGUCGUUGCAGGAGCACAUUGCGAAUCGGCACAAAUUUUUCCACUGCAACGCCUGUGGUGUUAAGAUAAAGUUCUACGAGCUGUACACAAAGCAUAUUGAGAGUCACGCUAUCGCACGUGCGUUGCUGCUGUCGCAUAACAAGAAAGCGACGAACCAGGAGCUGGAGUGUAAAAACUGUGGCAAGACGUUCCAAAGCGAGCAGAUUCUUCGACGCCACGAAACAACCCAUGCCGGAGAGCGCAACUACGUGUGUGGCACCUGCCUGGGGGUGUUUUUAACGAACGAGGAGUUUGGCAAACACAAAUGUCCCACCGUAGAAAUGAGGGUGGAAACGGCCGAGGAUCCGUUCUCGGAAAAUGUUCGAGUCGAACCGGCGCUUAAAAGGCCGGACUAUAAACCGGACAUUCAAGUUGUAUCAACACGUGCUAUGCAGGAGUACAGUAGUACUGAGGAGAUGAUAACGGAGGAAGAAUAUUUGGAGGAAAUCCUUGAGGACGAUACCGACGAAAAGGAGAUAGAAGAUUGAGCGUAAGAGCUUAAAACUGAUGACCACCAUUGUAACGCGCCACAAGAACUCUACCAGAACUGGAUGUUUCCCAUAAAAUGGCACUUUAUAAUUGAACUCUAUUCAAGCGAUCAAAGAUGUUAAGCAAUUUAAACUCUC